GGCGAGUCGUUUGCUAUCUCGAAAAGACUUUGCCCAUAUUUUCUCUAUCUUGUUUCCUUCAAGAAUAUAUGGCCACACGAGGUGGACUCUCCUUUGAUCCAGAUCACCACAGUAUCACCAGACUGUUUCACCAUCAAGCCAAAACCCACUUCCACAAUAACCAGCUCAAGCUCCAGCAGAUUCUACCUAGGUUUCCAGCCCCGCCGCCGCCGUCGCCGCCGCUCAUGGACGCCCCCGUCAAGUCGCCGCCGACCACCACCAUCCAGUUCCCCGUCAGCCACGGCGAUCACGGGAAGAGGAAGGUCCUCGACGAGAUGGAUUUCUUCGCCGACAAGAACGAGGGCGGCGGCGGCGGCGGCCGCGAUGACGACGAGGAGGAGAACGUCGGGAUUGAGCACCAUCGUCUGGAUUUUAAAGUCAAUACCGGUUUGCAUCUUCUUACGACGGCGAACACCGGCAGCGAAGAGUCCGGAGUCGACGACGGGAUGUCCUCGAUUCCGGAGAAUAAAAGAUCGAAAAUCGAGAUGGCGUUUCUUCAAUCGGAAAUGGAGAGGAUGAAUUCUGAGAAUGCUCGUUUGAAGGAGAUGUUGGAUCAAAUGACUAACAACUACAAUGGACUGCAGAUGCAUGUGUUAACAAUGAUGCAUCAGCGUAGUGAUAAUCAAACUGGAGGGGCUACUGCAGAGGAAAGUAAGAAUGGCCAUGACAAUGGCCUAUUGGUGCCUAGGCAGUUCAUGGACCUCGGCUUCGGGGGCAACGAGGAGGGCUCGUUGUCCCCGCCCGAGGGGAGGAUUGGCCGGGACAUGCCCCCGGCCCACGACAAAGACGUCGUGGGAGGAGACGAACCUUGCUCGGAGAGCAAGGUUCAGAAGCUCGCGCACUCUCCGAGAAGUGUCGAUCAAGCCACCGAGGCGACCAUGAGGAAGGCCCGGGUCUCGGUCCGUGCUAGGUCUGAGGCCGCCAUGAUCACCGAUGGAUGCCAGUGGCGCAAAUACGGGCAGAAGUUAGCUAAGGGCAACCCGUGCCCUCGUGCGUACUACCGUUGCACGAUGGCUGCGGGUUGCCCCGUCCGGAAACAGGUCCAACGAUGCGCAGACGACACGAGCAUCCUCAUAACGACCUACGAGGGCAACCACAACCACCCGUUGCCGCCGGCCGCCAUGGCCAUGGCGUCGACAACCUCCUCGGCCGCGAGGAUGCUCCUCUCGGGCUCGAUGCCGAGCGCCGACGGAAUAAUGAACUCGAAUUUCCUAGCCCGAACCCUCCUCCCAUGCUCCUCGAGCAUGGCCACUAUCUCCGCCUCAGCUCCAUUUCCCACCAUCACAUUAGACCUAACGCAAUCACCCAACCCUCUGCAAUUCCCCAAACCCUCGAACCAGUUCCCCCUCUCCUUCCUCAAUCCGUCGCAAAACAUGGCGGCCGCCGGCAGCUCCGCGGCGGCCGCCCUUCUGCCGCAGAUCUUCGGCCAGGCGUUGUACAACCAGUCAAAAUUCUCCGGCCUACAAAUGUCGUCGGCGCAGGAGCUCGACCAAGGGGCCCACGAGCAUCUCUCGUCGCCGCUGCCGCCGUCGCUGCAUCAAGCUUGCCAGCAGAAUCAGCUGAGUGAGACCGUGAACGCCCUAGCAACGGAUCCGAACUUCACGGCGGCUCUAGCGGCGGCGAUCUCCUCGCUCAUAGGCGGCGGUGGCGGCGGCCCGAGCCCUAACAACGGCGGCCCGAACCCUAAUAACAACAACGGCAACAACAAUAACAACAACAACAACGGCAAUGGCAACGUCACGAGCAGUAAUAAUAGUAGCAAUGGCAACAAUAAACUCAAUAGCUCGGGGUUUCAAGUCAACUAGCGAUCGUCGUAAGCCAAUUAUUUCCAUCUCGAUUAAUUUCUUUUAAUUUUUUUUUACCUCCAUACGAAAAGUUCAAACUUCAUAACACUAGAUACUUGUGUUAUCUUUUUUUAAUUUUUUUAGUAUAAUAAUAUUGUAAAACAAACUGUCAUGUUAUAUAAAAAAAAGGAUAUAUAGAGAAAAGAUGUGAUAAUUUUUGUA